AAAAAAAUGACGGAAAAUAGCAAAAAGUUGCAUAUUGCAGUAUUUCCAUGGCUAGCUUUUGGUCAUACGAUUCCGUUUUUAGAGCUAUCAAAGCUGAUAGCUCGUAAGGGUCACAAAAUUUCAUUUAUUUCUACUCCAAAAAACAUUGAUCGUCUUCCAAAACUUCCACCAACUCUAGCUCCGUUUUUAAAUUUUGUCAAAAUUCCUUUGCCCUACGUAGAAAAGUUACCGAAAAAUGCAGAAGCCACUAUUGAUUUACCUUAUGAACAAGUAAAGUACCUCAAAAUUGCUCAAGAUGGACUCAAAGAACCCAUUGCUAAGUUUCUCGAAGAUUCAGCGCCUGAUUUUAUAAUCUUUGAUUUUGCUUCUUAUUGGAUUCCUUCCAUUGCUUCAAAAUUCAACAUUCCGACAGGUUAUUUUAGCAUAUUCAUCGCUGCGGUUCUAGGUUUCACCGGACCUGAGCCAGGAUUGAACAAUGAUUAUGAAAUUCGGAAGACGCCGGAGGAAUACACCGUUCCCCCAAAAUGGGUGCCGUUUGAAACCACCGUUGCUUUCAAGCUUUUCGAAGUUUUGAGAAUCUUCGAAGCUUCAAUGAAAGGAGAGGAAGAGAACGUUUCUGAUAUUUUUCGUAUGUAUAAAGGUCUUGGAUACUCUGAUAUUUUGCUUGUGAGGAGUUGUUCGGAAUUCGAACCGGAAUGGUUGAAAGUUGUCGGAGAUAUCCACCGGAAACCAGUUUUUCCGGUGGGUCAACUUCCGACAACGCCAUAUGAAGAUGACAGCACAAAAAUUGAUGCAUGGAGAGAGAUAAAACUAUGGCUUGAUGAGCAAGGAAAGGGGAAAGUGAUUUACGUGGCAUUUGGUAGUGAGGCGAAACCGAGUCAAAACGAACUCACUGAGUUAUCACUCGGGCUAGAGCUUUCCGGGUUACCAUUUUUUUGGGUAUUAAGAACUAAAAGAGGGGAAUCCGAUGAUGAAUUAAUUCAAUUGCCAGAAGGGUUCGAAGAUCGAACAAAGGGAAGGGGAAUUGUGUGCACGAGUUGGGUCCCACAACUUAAGAUAUUGAGUCAUGACUCAGUGGGUGGAUUUUUGACUCAUUCGGGAUGGAGUUCAGUAGUCGAGGCAAUACAAUUUGAGAAGCCAUUGGUUCUUUUAACAUUUUUGGCUGAUCAAGGGAUAAAUGCUAGGUUAUUAGAGGAGAAGAAGAUGGCAUACUUGAUACCGAGAGAUGAUCGUGAUGGGUCGUUCACUCGUGACUCAGUGGCUGAGUCACUGAGUUUGGUACUCACUGAAAAAGAGGGUGAGAUUUAUCGAGAAAAGAUUAAAGAGGCGAAAAAUCUUUUUUGUGAUGACAGAAGACAAAAUGAUUAUGUGGAGAGUUUAUUAAGUUAUCUUCAAAAUUAUAAAAAGGACUAAAAUAUGAAAUAGGAAGAAAAACUUGAGUUUAAAUGAACCUUUAAUUGGUUGUAAUUUCUGGUUCAUUUAUGUACACUUAUUUUAUAU